AUGGGUAAAGAUAUUCAGAUUUAAAAGUCAUUUCUGUAUAUGGCUGCAAUAGUAUGUUUAGUUUAUUGCUCUUAAUUUAACGAAGCAUUAUUAAUUAGUAAGUUCGAUCCAAUUAUGCAAAUGGAAGUAGAAAACAUAAAUUACCCAAUUCAAUUUGAAUUUUGGAGUUUUUUUAUAUCACAUUAGUAAGUUAUAUAUGAUCCUUGGGUGGAAUAGUAAUACUAUUGGAAUAUAUUUAAAGAUUAAUUAUUAAUUUUAAUUAAAAAUUAAUAGAACAAUGAGGUGUUUUUCUUUAUGUAUACAAAAUUAAUGACUUCCGAUUAUGUAAUUCAUAAAUUACAUACUGAUAAUAAAAUUUUUCACAUAGCUUAUGAUCCAAGUGAAUAUGAGGGAAUAUGGAUAUUACAUUUAAUAACUCUUUAUUAGUAAAAAAUGGUUUAUUAAGCCUCAGGUGCAAUGGGAGAGAAUUUAUUUUAAACUACUUUUGAGUAAAGUUUAAAUAAAAUAUAAAUUUCUAUUGGAGGAACAGAAAUUGUAAUUUAAUAUUUAAUUAUUUUAGAUUGAUGAUUAUAUAUUAGGAAUAUUUAGAGGAAGAUUAUCAAAGCUUUUUAUACAUUAUUCAGAUGUAAAAUUUGAAGAUAUAUAUUCUUAAAGAAUCAAAGAGUUAAGAAUUAAUGAAUAUGAAUAAAAAAUCAGUUUAAUUCCUGAUCUUAUCAAUUUUGAUGGACUACUUUAAAAAGAAUUUGAAUUUGAUUAAUUUGGUAGAAAAUUUAGUAUUUUUGGUUGGGCAAAAUAUUAUAUUUAUAAUGCUUAUUCAUUAAAAUAGUACUUAUUAGUUAGAUUAACAAUUUUUAAGAAUUAUUUAGAUGAAACUAAAAUUGGUGAUGAAGUAUUAAAAAUUGUUGCAAAUCUGGAUUUAUCUAGCAGUUAAAACUGUGGAUAUGAUAUAAUAUCUCAUCAUUAUUGGUUACCAUACCCUUAAUAUGUAUCUUUAUCAUAGAAUGAUAAAAUCAGCUUAAGAGAUGAUUUACCAUAUUAAGAAUUAUUAACAAAAUGGCAUUUUAUUUCUUUUGAAUAUGGAAUUGUUGGAAAAGAAUAAAAAACAUAAUUCAUAUUAAGUCAUUUUGAAAAUAAAAACUUGAUAUCUAAUACUUAUUAUUUAGGAAAUUACUUAAAUAAAGGAUUAUUUGUUAAUACUAAAUUUUAUGCUAUUUUUGGAGGUGACUCUCAUUUUUAUUUAAAGACUUUAGGUUAAUUAUCAGGAUUUUAUUUUAUUUCAAAUUAUCAAAAUGAUUUGAAUAUUUAAAUUAGUAUGAAUGUAAUAUAUUCUUAGAAUGUCAUUAAACUUGUUUAACUUGUGAUGGUCCAUUAAAUACAAAUUGUUUAACUUGCGAUGAAAAUAGUGGAAAAGUAUUUUGGGAAGAUUUACAUUAAUGUGGUUGCCGACUUGGAUAAAUAGAAGAGAAUUAAAAAUGCUAUUCAUUUAAUGAUAUAUAUAAAACAUUAAGUUUAGUGGAAAUAUAAAUAGAAUUAACAAAUUCUAAAUGUCUAUUUGGAUAUUUUUAUUUACCUAUAAUAUAAUAGUGUAUAAAAUGGUAAUUUUUAUUCUUAAUUUAUUUAGUCCUUAAUGGAAUUCAUAUAAUUUAUUUUGUGUAGAUUGUAUAUUAGAUUCAGCAAAUUGGUAUAAAAGACCUAUAUGUAAAACUGAUUUUAUAACACAAUAAGUAACAUAAGAUUAAGAUGCGUACACUUAAGAAAUAAGAUCUACUUUGGAUUAUGAUUUGUAUUACAUAGACAAUAAUUAUAAUUUGCUAUUAGUAGAGGGUGUUUAUGAUUUUUGUGAUAUCACUUAAAUCUAAUCAGAAAAUUGUUUUGAAUUAGGAAUAUAACAUUUAUAGAGUAUUACAUUUGGUUUAUGUAAGAAAAAUCUUUAUUAUAUUAACAAAAGUUGUAAAUUAUUAGAUAGCGCUUGUGCUAAUGUAAAUUAAAAAGAAUAAUAAUGUCUUGAAUGUAUAAGUGGUUAUUAUGUAUCUAAAGAUUAUAAAUCUUGUUUACAAUGCCCUAAAUAUUGUUUAAAUUGUUAAAGUGAAACAAUUUGCUAAAAUUGUGAAAUAGGUUUUGGACUUGAAAAUGGUUCAUGUAAUAGAUGUGGUGAUUUUUGUAAAACAUGUAAAUAUUCUGAAAAAUAUAACAUAAUGUAAUGUUAAACUUGUCUUAAUAAAGAAUCAUAUUAUUUAUCACUAAAUGCUAAGGAUUGCAAAAGAAAUUAAAUUGAAAAUUGUAAAUAUGCGUUUGAAUCUUUGUGGGAUCGUACAGUUAAUUCAUUAGAUUAUGAUUUUCAUCCAUAGGAGGAUGAAAAUACAUAUCCUUAAUGUGCAAAGUGUAAAGAUGGCUAUUAUUAUAUUCAAGAUUAAAAUAUAUGUUUAGAAGGUUAACUUGAUACAUGCCAAUAGUUUUUUGAUAGAGGUGCUGGAUACAGAUUUUUGGUUUGCUUAUUUGGACCUUAUUAAUAAAGAGAGUUAAUAUAUUCUUUUUCAGAUAAAUGCUCAAGUCUGAAAUUAGGUUGUGUACAUUGUCUGAUUGAACAGUUCACUAUAAAUUAUGAAUAUGAUUAUUAUUCUGGAGAUAUAUACCAAAUACUUGAAAAAGCUACUUAUGGUUGUAUUGCUUGUGAGAAUGGUUAUUAUGCAGAAAAAAGGACAGGCUAUUGUUAUUCAUGUCCAUCAAAUUUAAAUUGCUUGAGUUGUUAUUAAUAAAACAAAUUUACUAAAGAUCAUUGGAAAAUUGCUAUACGUGCCUAUUAUAGGGCAAAUAUAGAAACAGAAGAAAACAUGCAUAAAUUUACUCUAUUUGCUCUAAGUUAAGAUGAUUCUGAUUAUGAAAUUCUCUGUACUGUAUGUAAAUCAGGAUANCAUAGACAAUAAUUAUAAUUUGCUAUUAGUAGAGGGUGUUUAUGAUUUUUGUGAUAUCACUUAAAUCUAAUCAGAAAAUUGUUUUGAAUUAGGAAUAUAACAUUUAUAGAGUAUUACAUUUGGUUUAUGUAAGAAAAAUCUUUAUUAUAUUAACAAAAGUUGUAAAUUAUUAGAUAGCGCUUGUGCUAAUGUAAAUUAAAAAGAAUAAUAAUGUCUUGAAUGUAUAAGUGGUUAUUAUGUAUCUAAAGAUUAUAAAUCUUGUUUACAAUGCCCUAAAUAUUGUUUAAAUUGUUAAAGUGAAACAAUUUGCUAAAAUUGUGAAAUAGGUUUUGGACUUGAAAAUGGUUCAUGUAAUAGAUGUGGUGAUUUUUGUAAAACAUGUAAAUAUUCUGAAAAAUAUAACAUAAUGUAAUGUUAAACUUGUCUUAAUAAAGAAUCAUAUUAUUUAUCACUAAAUGCUAAGGAUUGCAAAAGAAAUUAAAUUGAAAAUUGUAAAUAUGCGUUUGAAUCUUUGUGGGAUCGUACAGUUAAUUCAUUAGAUUAUGAUUUUCAUCCAUAGGAGGAUGAAAAUACAUAUCCUUAAUGUGCAAAGUGUAAAGAUGGCUAUUAUUAUAUUCAAGAUUAAAAUAUAUGUUUAGAAGGUUAACUUGAUACAUGCCAAUAGUUUUUUGAUAGAGGUGCUGGAUACAGAUUUUUGGUUUGCUUAUUUGGACCUUAUUAAUAAAGAGAGUUAAUAUAUUCUUUUUCAGAUAAAUGCUCAAGUCUGAAAUUAGGUUGUGUACAUUGUCUGAUUGAACAGUUCACUAUAAAUUAUGAAUAUGAUUAUUAUUCUGGAGAUAUAUACCAAAUACUUGAAAAAGCUACUUAUGGUUGUAUUGCUUGUGAGAAUGGUUAUUAUGCAGAAAAAAGGACAGGCUAUUGUUAUUCAUGUCCAUCAAAUUUAAAUUGCUUGAGUUGUUAUUAAUAAAACAAAUUUACUAAAGAUCAUUGGAAAAUUGCUAUACGUGCCUAUUAUAGGGCAAAUAUAGAAACAGAAGAAAACAUGCAUAAAUUUACUCUAUUUGCUCUAAGUUAAGAUGAUUCUGAUUAUGAAAUUCUCUGUACUGUAUGUAAAUCAGGAUAUGAAUUUCAUGGAGAUUAUUGUAUUUAAAGCUGUCCUGAAUCAUGCUUAGAAUGUGUUUUAGUGAAUUCUAAAAAUAUUUGCAUUAAAUGCCCUCUAAGUUUAAAUGGAAGAAAUCGUAGUUUAAUAAAUAACUAAUGUGUUAGUUGUCCAACGAAUUGUAAUUUAUGUGUAUAAAGAGAUGAACAAGAACUACUAUUAAUUAAUCCACUAUUUAAGACUAAUUCAGAGUUUUAUCAUUACUCAUAUCAAUGCAUUUCAGGAUUUAAAGGAAUUUUAGAUUAAGAUUUAGGUAUUUAUAUAGAUUGUGAAAAUGAUCAAUGCUUAAAAUAAAUAGAAAUAAAAUUAAAUCUAAUUUGUAACAUAAAUGAAUACUAAUAAUAAAUUGAUUAAUUAAAAACGGAAGAUGAAAAAACUUACUUCAGAGAAUCAAAUAUUUUAAGUGAUCAUCUGUUUUCAUCCUAAAGCUUUUUUUAAGUAAUUAUAAAUUUAUGAUUUUAGUUUGAGACAAACUAAUUUUAUUCUUUUGCAAACUAAUAAUCUAUUAAAAAAAUCUUAAUAAAGAUUUUUGGUCUUAAAAAUUAAAGAUGCUUAGUAAAUGAUUAAUUAAGAAUUUAGUACAAAUAUUUUCUCAGCAAUGUAAUUAAAUAAUUAUUUAAAUUAGAAAUGUAGAGCUAGAAAUUUAUGGUAAUAAUGUUACUUCAUUUAAGUUUUAAAAAUAACUAUUAUUUUCCAAUUUUAGUAGAAUACGCAUCGAAGGAGUUUAACUUGAAGUCGAGUAUUUUAGUUUUGGUCGAAAUUUAUUAAAGUUUUCUAGUCUUUUUAAAUAAACUAUUGAAUUAGUUGAUGUAAUUUAUGAGUAAGACUUUAAUUUAACAACUUUCUAUACCAUAAUUGAAAAUGCAAAAAAUGUUUUAAUAUAGAAUUUUUUGGUAAAAAAUUGCACAAGAAAAUAUCCUAUUGAUUCCUUUUUUCAGAUUUUAUAGAUUAAUUCUAUGUAGACAAUCAAGAUAUAAAAUUUUUAAAUAAUAAAUAGUUCAUUUUAAAAUGUCAAAUUAUUUUGGUUUGAUCUCAAAUUAAAUGAUUAAGUAGAAAUUUAAAAUGUAAAUAUCGAAUAAACUUAUUUUGAUUAAGCAUUUUUAUAUUAAACAAAUGGUUUACUAAAACUUAAUUAGAUUCAUAUCUAUUCAUGUUAAAUAUCUUCUUUAAAUGGAUUAUUUGAAGUUAGUUCCUUGUAAUAAUUUGAAUUAAUCUCAUUAGAUUUUAUUUAAAAUUAGAUUUAUAAUGGCAGCAUUAUUAGUCUCAAUUAAUAGACUAAAAUGAUGAAGUUAAACUUUGUAGAAAAUUACCUUUACAACAAUUCAUUUAUAAUAGAAAAUGAAAAAUCUACCAUUUAAGAUAUUUUUAUGUAGGAGGUUACAUUUGAAUUAAAUUAGUAUAACUAAAAUGCUAGUUUUAUAAAAAUCACUUCCCAUAUAUCGUCUAAUAAAAAUAUGAUUAUAAAUUAAUUAUCAAUGAUUGAAAAUAAACUAUUAUCAAUACCUGCACAAUCGACAUUUAAUAUUUUAAAUGAAGCCUUAAUUUAUUUAGAAAUAGAUACAAUAAUGAUAGAGCAAUUAAUAAUUCAAAAAGCAAAUGGGAUACAUGAUUUAGUAAUUAUCAAUGCUAAUGAAAUAAAAUUAAAUUAAAUAAAAAUGUAACAAAGCAAUAAUUAAAUAUCUUAAAGUCUUUAUUUAAAUUUGGAUUGCUAUUAGAAAUUUCUUGUUAAUCAUUAUGAUAGUCUUUAUAUGAAAAUUAUAGAUGUCUCAAUGAUUGAUAUAAAAUAAUUAGUUAUUUAAAAAGCCUAAUCUAAUAAUAAUCCUGUUAUUGAAAUAAAAACUUCUAAUCUUUAAUCUCAAACUUAGAAAUUCAUUUUAUUGUCAGAAAUGCAUUUCUAUUAAAAUUUACUUUUGACUACUAAUAAAUUUUAGUUAAAUUCUAUAAUGAAAAUAUCUACUGAAGAUGAUUAUGAUAUAAAAAUAAAAAAUUCAUUAUUUGAGAGAAAUGCGAUGCAUUAAUAUAUAUACAUGGAUCAAAUCAAUUCUGGUUUAAUUUUUUUAAUUGAUUGUAAAGAUUGUACAAUACUCUUUGAUAAUUUAACAGUGAAAGGAAAUAUUGUUACAAACUCUUCUAAUAGUAUUAUUUACAUACAAACAAAAAGUAUUGUAAUAAAAAAUUGUACUUUUAUUUAAAAUAGUUUAUUUGAUUAUUCCCUUUUAUAACCAUAUUUAUAUUGGGGAUUUUAGAAGGAUCAAAAUAUUUUUAUAGAAUAAAUAAUUCAAAAAUUUCCAAUCAAAGUUAAAACAGGAAACGGGAAAAUAGUAUGUUAAUAAAUAGUUAUGAAGAAUAUCUAAAUUUAUAAUUCUACAAGUUCAGGAUUUUAAAUAUAUUUAGAAAAAGAUUCUUCUCUAUAAGUAUAGGAUGUAAUCAUAUAAUUUAUAAGUGGAUUAUUUAUAAGUGAAGAUGAAAAUGGUGGAGCCUUUUUGAUUGAUACUUCUAUUUCUGUUUCUACAAAAAUAUAAUUUAUAAAUAUACAAGCAACCAAUAUUAAUUGUAGAAAUAAAGGUGGAUUUCUUUAUUUAUAAAAUGCAUUAGAAAGCACUAAAAUUUUAUUAUAAAAUCUAGUCAUUAAGGAUGUGUAUUCUUUAAAAGGAUCAUUAAUUUAUGUUGAGUUUUCAUCUUUUACUAAUUCAAAAUAAUAACUUAUUUUAGAAAACUUGGAACUUACAAAUACAUAAUAAGGUUAUUUAAGUUUUAUAAGUAAGUUUAAUUAACCAAAUUUAUAAUUAUUAUCAGAAUUAAAACUUUAGAGAAGCCUCAUAGAUAUCACAUAUUCAAAGUUGAUAAGUCUAAAGAAUUUACAAAUUGUGUCUUUAUUAUAUGAAGCUCUAGCUAUUUUCUAAUAGACAUUAAUAAUAGAAAUGCUAAAUUGCAAAAUAUUAAAUUCUACCUUACAAAAUUCCCUUCUCUAAUUAAGUUUAAUGUAAGAUUCUCGAGUUAAAAUGGUGGGCUUUUAUGUUUCCAAUAUAGAAUUAUUGGAUCAAAUUCCUAAUGAAAAUAAAUGCACCUCCAUUUAGAAUAAUUUAGAAGAGAUACAAUAAAUAUGCUCAAAUAAUUUAAGCGUUUAAGAUUCUCCUAAAUUUUUAAUAUCUAAGUUUGUUCAAGAUCAUCUAUCAAAUGGUUAUUGUAUCAUUAACAAAAUGAAUGCUUAAAAGAAUUCAGUAAUAGGGCUAAUGAAUAUUAAUCCUGAUGAGACACUAAUAUAAAUUUCACAAUUAAAUAUAAAAAAUAUCAAUUGCAAAGUUUGUAAAUAAGGGUUACUUGAUAUAAGAAUACUGGAUUAAUAAACUAGAAUAAUAAUGAUAUCAAUCCUUUUCGUUGAUAAUUAAUGUGGCCAACAAAGUUGUUUGAAUAUUAUGAAAUCUAUUUAAGCAUCUAGAAUUUUGUAAUCAUUAAUUCAUCAUAUCAAUUAAAAAAAUUAUGAAUUUAAAUUAGUAAACUAUAAAUGUGUUGGAAAUUAUGCUUAUUAAGGUACAUGUCUUUAAAUAUAAGAUACAACAACCUUAAUUAAAGAUUCUUUAUUAUAAAAUAAUACAGCUGAAUCAUUGGGUGGAUCAAUAUAUUUAACUGGGAAUUCAAGUUUUUUUGUAUUAAACACUGUGAUUUAAUUUAAUAAAGCUUAAUAUGGUGGAGGAUUAUUUCUAAAAAAUUAAAUAAUUUAAAAUUUAAAACAUUAAGAAACACUAAUAAAUGAUAAUAAAGGAACUCUUUUUGGAGAUAAUUCUGCUUAACUUCCUUCUUAAUUAUCAGUUUCAAUUGAUUUAUAGCAUACAUUGCCGAAAAUAAAAAUAUUAGAGAAAGAAAAUAUUUUGAUAGAACAAAUUUAGAUUCCUCGAUAUUCACUAUUUUCUAGCACUUAUUCUGGCUCAUUAUAUGUUCCAAAUGGAUAGAUUAUGUCAGAAUAUUAAUAUUUUGAUCAAUAGAAAUAGGAAUAUAUUCAAUAUAAUCUACAUUUAAGAUUGUAUGCCUUAGAUUAAUAAAAUAAUAUACAAUAAAAAUUAGAUGGUAGUAAAUGUUCUCUAAGUGGUAGGAUACUUAUUGAUAAUGAAGAUUCAGAUUUUAAAUAAGAUUUUAUGAGUCCUAAUUAAGCCAUAUUUAAUUAAACUGAUUAUAAUUUCGAUGAUAUCAUCUUUUACUUAAAUAAUUAAUAGAAUAUCACAUUAUAAUUAUAAUUUCAUUGUGAUUCCAUUUUCACACCUAUAUAUGGUAAAAAUACAGAAAUCCUUGGAUACCACAAUAAUUAUUUUUUAAGAAUGAACAUCAAAUCAUUACCUUGUUAGUUAGGAGAAAUAAUUUAUGAUGGUAUUUGUUUACCUUGUAAUGCUACAUAAGGUUUAUACUCAUUAAUUCUACCCUANGAAAAUAAAUGCACCUCCAUUUAGAAUAAUUUAGAAGAGAUACAAUAAAUAUGCUCAAAUAAUUUAAGCGUUUAAGAUUCUCCUAAAUUUUUAAUAUCUAAGUUUGUUCAAGAUCAUCUAUCAAAUGGUUAUUGUAUCAUUAACAAAAUGAAUGCUUAAAAGAAUUCAGUAAUAGGGCUAAUGAAUAUUAAUCCUGAUGAGACACUAAUAUAAAUUUCACAAUUAAAUAUAAAAAAUAUCAAUUGCAAAGUUUGUAAAUAAGGGUUACUUGAUAUAAGAAUACUGGAUUAAUAAACUAGAAUAAUAAUGAUAUCAAUCCUUUUCGUUGAUAAUUAAUGUGGCCAACAAAGUUGUUUGAAUAUUAUGAAAUCUAUUUAAGCAUCUAGAAUUUUGUAAUCAUUAAUUCAUCAUAUCAAUUAAAAAAAUUAUGAAUUUAAAUUAGUAAACUAUAAAUGUGUUGGAAAUUAUGCUUAUUAAGGUACAUGUCUUUAAAUAUAAGAUACAACAACCUUAAUUAAAGAUUCUUUAUUAUAAAAUAAUACAGCUGAAUCAUUGGGUGGAUCAAUAUAUUUAACUGGGAAUUCAAGUUUUUUUGUAUUAAACACUGUGAUUUAAUUUAAUAAAGCUUAAUAUGGUGGAGGAUUAUUUCUAAAAAAUUAAAUAAUUUAAAAUUUAAAACAUUAAGAAACACUAAUAAAUGAUAAUAAAGGAACUCUUUUUGGAGAUAAUUCUGCUUAACUUCCUUCUUAAUUAUCAGUUUCAAUUGAUUUAUAGCAUACAUUGCCGAAAAUAAAAAUAUUAGAGAAAGAAAAUAUUUUGAUAGAACAAAUUUAGAUUCCUCGAUAUUCACUAUUUUCUAGCACUUAUUCUGGCUCAUUAUAUGUUCCAAAUGGAUAGAUUAUGUCAGAAUAUUAAUAUUUUGAUCAAUAGAAAUAGGAAUAUAUUCAAUAUAAUCUACAUUUAAGAUUGUAUGCCUUAGAUUAAUAAAAUAAUAUACAAUAAAAAUUAGAUGGUAGUAAAUGUUCUCUAAGUGGUAGGAUACUUAUUGAUAAUGAAGAUUCAGAUUUUAAAUAAGAUUUUAUGAGUCCUAAUUAAGCCAUAUUUAAUUAAACUGAUUAUAAUUUCGAUGAUAUCAUCUUUUACUUAAAUAAUUAAUAGAAUAUCACAUUAUAAUUAUAAUUUCAUUGUGAUUCCAUUUUCACACCUAUAUAUGGUAAAAAUACAGAAAUCCUUGGAUACCACAAUAAUUAUUUUUUAAGAAUGAACAUCAAAUCAUUACCUUGUUAGUUAGGAGAAAUAAUUUAUGAUGGUAUUUGUUUACCUUGUAAUGCUACAUAAGGUUUAUACUCAUUAAUUCUACCCUAUUUUGAUAUGAUCAUUUAUAUUUAUUUAUUUAUACUAAUAUCAUCAGUCAAUGUAUCAAUUUACAAGAUAAUUGCAAUGGUGGAUGGAUUGAAGGUGAUAUAUCCUGUUUCAAAGGCCAUAUAGGAGCAUUAUGUGAAGAAUGUGAUAUUUAAAAUUCAAGAGGAUUUGGAUAUUUUUCAAUAAGUUGGCAAUAUUCUUGUGGCCUUUGCGUUGAAAAUAAUUAAAAUAUUGUUGCUAUUAUUGCCAUCAGUUUAUGGUAAAUAAUAAUUAUUAUUUAUUUAGGACUUUUAUUUCUAUAUUAAUUUCUGUAAGGAGUAAUGUAUCAUUAAAUGAAUAAAUAUUACUUAAAAAAGUAAUUUCAAAACUCAUUAUUUCUAAGAUAGAAUACCAUUCUAAUUUUGGUAUCUUAAUUAAAAUGA